GGAUUCAGCUUAAGAUCUGGAUAAUCUUUGAGAUAGUGUGUUGUGAUUCAAAAAACUUUUUUCACUGACAGAAGAAAGAGCAAAGCCAAGAAAUGGCUCAAGGAACAGUAAGCAGAAUGAAUACUUCCCUGGAACAGAGUGGCUGCCACAGUAACAGAGAAACCCUUUUGAGGUGCAGUGAUGCACGGAGGGAGCUGGAGCUUGCUAUUGGUGGAGUACUCCGGGCUGAACAGCAGAUUAAAGAUAACUUACGAGAGGUAAAAGCUCAGAUUCACAGUUGCAUAAGUCGCCAUCUAGAAUGCCUUCGGAGUCGUGAGGUGUGGCUCAACGAACAGGUAGAUCUCAUCUAUCAGCUUAAAGAGGAGACACUGCAGCAACAGGCUCAGCAGCUUUAUUGGCUAAUGGGCCAAUUCAGUUGUCUUAUUCAUCAACUGGAGUACACCCAGAACAAAGAUCUCGCCAAUCAAGUCUCUCUGUGCCUGGAAAGACUGAGCAGUUUGGCCCUUAAGCCUGAAGACUCGACUGUCCUACUCUUUGAAGCAGACACAUCUGCUCUGCGCCAGACCAUCACCACAUUUGGAUCCCUUAAGACAAUUCAAAUUCCUGAGCACCUGAUGGCUCAUGCUAGCUCUUCAAAUAUUGGGCCUUUCCUAGAGAAAAGAGGCUGUAUCCAGGUGCCAGAGCAGAAAUCAACAUCCAGCAGCACAGCUGUUUCUCUCAGCGAAUGGCUUCUUGUAAGCAAACCUGCCAUUGGUCAUCAGGCUCCUUAUGUACCCAGUACCAACCCACAGGACUGGCUCAUCCCAAAACAGACCUUGGAGAAUAGUCAGACUUCUGCCAGAGCCUGCAGUUUCUUCAGUAAUGCCUGGGGCAACAUAAAGGGCUUAGAAAACUGGCUCCUCAACAGUCAUCAACAAGACAGUCCUGGAAAACCAAGUUCAUCAAAGUGUAACAGCCAUUGUAGCACCAGCUCUUUCUCUACUGAAGUGGAAAAGGUUGAAGAUGUAGAGCUCCUUGAUCAAGAUGAGUUAGACCUGUCUGAUUGGUUGGUGACUCCCCGAGAGCCCUGUGAACCGGAGAAGCCUGAGAAUGGUGGCUGUGACCCCAGUGAGAAGUUUAAACUCUUAUUCCAGGCAUUCAAAGAGCCCUACAAUGUAAAUGAUUGGCUUGCCAAGCCUGACUCCUGUACCAACUGUCAGGGUAACCAGCCCAGAGGUGUGGAGAUUGAGAACCUGGGCAAUCUGAAAUGCCUGAAUGACCACUUGGAGGCCAAAAAACCAUUGUCAGUCCCCAGUGUGACCACCGAGGGUUGGCUUGUCCAGAACCAUCAGGACCCAUGUAAAGUAGAGGAAGUAUGCAAAGCCAAUGAGCCCUGCACAAGUUUUGCAGACUGCUUGUGUGAUGACAACUGUGAGAAGGAAGCGGUGUAUAAAUGGCUUCUGAAGAAAGAAGGAAAGGAUAAGAAUGGAAUGCCCGUGGAACCCAAAUCUGAGCCUGAGAAACACAAAGAGUCCCUGAAUCUGUGGCUCUGCCCUUCCAGAAAUGAGCUGACAGAACAAGUGAAGGCACCCAAGGCAAUGGCUCCUGCUAAAAUUGCUGAUUCCUUCCAAGUCAUAAGGAACAGUUCCUUGUCAGAGUGGCUGAUUGGGCCCACACGCAAAGGAAGAGGCCCUAAGGAAGUGCCUAGUACUGAAGAGAGAGCUGGCAGAGAAAUGCUUAAAGGUCCUAUGGCCACUUCCUGGUGUCCUUUUAAUACUGCUGACUGGGUCUUACCAGGAAAGAAAGUGGGAAACCUCAGCCAGUUCACCUCUGGAGAAGAUAAGUGGUUACUUCGAAAGAAGGCCCAGGAAGUAUUUCUUAAUUCACCCCUGCAAGAAGAUCGUAACUUCCGUGGCCUCCCAGCAGUUUGUGAUCUCUUUGCCUGUAUGCAGCUUAAAGUUGAUAAAGACAAAUGGCUGUAUAGAACUCCUCUACAGAUGUGAAGCAAUGAACUACUAGAAUUGAGCAGCUUUCCUGCAGACCACACAUCCUUGAGCUGAGUGACUGUGACUUGCCAAACCAUUGUUUAUUCCAAGGCCCGACAGCUUAAUUUCUCUCCUGCUUAGUUUUGAACUAGUAAUCAGAAAUCAUCAAAUUAUGAGUUAGUGUGCGAAGGAGGCUUGAUGCUAUGGUGUGAUUCAAUUCCUUCUUACAGAAGCACUAACUUAACUAACUCCCAUACUAGAAAUAGCAUCUUGGUACACUGGCCUUUAGUAACUCCCAUGGCAAACACUAGUUUUAAAACUGAAAUAUUUCUAUAUCUGGUGUGUUAAUGUGUUCUAAAACUAGUAAACUUCCCUGACUUUGAUUUUCUUUUCUCUUGCUAUGAGCUUCUAAUGGUUUGAAAUUUUUCUGUUUAGUUGAUAUAUAAUUUCACACAAACAAUUAACCUUGCCAAUAUAUUUUCCCCUAAAUGUCUAUUAGUUACAUUGCAAUUUUUGAUUAUCAGAAAUUUAGCCUACAUGUCAUUUGUAACAUUUUUCAUUCAAAAGAAUUAAGCCUACUGCAAUUGUUGCCUUUAUUCCUAAGUAUCCAGUGAGCUCUUUGAAAAGACUCCAUUGCUUCAAGACCACUUUUUAGGGCAGUCAGAGCCCCUAAAGUCUUACAGACUUUGUCUUUAAAGAGCCCCAGGCCAACUAAAACAGAAAGGCAAGAUGUGUUAGGAAAGUAGCACUUGACCACUCAUCACCCUAAGGGUUUAUUGGUGCACCCUGUGUAAAUGGAAGCUGAGCUUGACACCUGGUGCUCUUGACUAGGGAUGAAGUUAAUGUCCUGUCACUUCAAGCACAGCAUCCGGAACCUCCAAAAGUAUGGUGCAGCAACACCUUAUUAAUAGGCUGUGCUCAACACUUGUGCCUUGGAGUGUUUAUUGAAACUGCAUAGAAUGACAUACUCUGCAGGAGAGUAGCAGGAUUUAUGUUCUCCAGUUCUCCAGGACAACUUAGCUGCUUUCUAUGCUCUGAACUAUGAAGCCUCUGAACUAACUGCCUAUGCUAUUGGAAGUACCUGUAGGAAAAUUUUAUGGCCCCAUAGUGACAUUACCACACAGCUUUACCAAACUUUGAGUCACAGCUGAAAAGAGCCUCAUAUUUUCUUAAUGCCCCCCCCCCCCCCCGAUGCCACUGAGUAUUAUAAGUUGGUGGAUAAAAACAAUUUAAGGAGCCUUCCCAACAUCUUAGGUUGCAGGGAACUUUGUAGUUUCUCUUUUGAGGUCUAACACACUGUAUUUUACAUUAUUAAAACGUAAUUUAAGUUAAUCACUAUGCUAAUAAUAUAUUAAACAUUCUUUUGCAUUGCUAAGUUUUAUAUCUCCAUUAAAGGCAUAAUGGCCACA